AUGGCCCGUAUGCACCAGCCUCAGAUGCCAAAUAAGGCUUAUGGCUAUGGCUAUGGCGGCAUGCACGACACGACAAGUCAACUCAUGUUUUGCCCCGUCCUUUGCGGUCGGCUCGUCGACAUUGACCAUCCGUCACCAGCAUGGUUGCAGAUUAGCGAGUCAGGCAGGCAGACAGUCAUCCGUGGUAAUGAGCCGAAUGCUUGA